AAUUGACAACAACCCCUGGCAGUGUGACUGUAGGAUGGCUCCCUUUAGACAGAGGAUGAACGGGUCUUACCCAUUUGAAGACCAGAUCAGAUGUGCUGGACCUGCCAACCUUGCAGGGCAAAACAUUUCAGAUGUAAAUCCUGAAGACCUGAUCUGUGAGGAGACGACACCAGCCUACUCCACUUUGACCAAAAAACAUGUUGUUGACUCUACCCUUAACUUGUCUACUUUUCAUCAGUCAGCUAAGCUAACAACAAAGGUACCAACAUUGCCCCCAACACCCAGCAGCAUGCCCACUGCUGGCUCUAACACAGGCUGGUCUAUGUUCAGUACUUCAACACAGUCAAAAUCAAAGGUACCAACAUUGUCCCCAACACCCACCAACACACCCACUGCUGGCUCUAACCCAGGCUGGUCUAUGUUCAGUACUUCAACAAAGUCAAUAUCAAAGGUACCAACAUUGUCCCCAACACCCACCAACACACCCACUGCUGGCUCUCACUCAGGCUGGUCUAUGUUCAGUACUUCAACAAAGUCAAUAUCAAAGGUACCAACAUUGUCCCCAACACCCACCAACACACCCACUGCUGGCUCUAACCCAGGCUGGUCUACAAUAACAGAAAGCAAUCCGGGCCCUAAUAUCAGUGCCAUCUCCUUGCCCAUGCCUGUGCUUGCUACUCUGUUUGUUGUUCUUGGAAUAUUUAUCAUUUCUGCUAUUGCCUUUGCAGUGACUCAGAGGUGCAUAUAUAAGAGGAAGGAAAGGGAGCAUACUUAUGCGCUAGCCUCUAGUGCUGGCCCCAGUAACCUAAACCCCACAGGCAAGUCCAGUGGUCAUGUUCAGAUAAGGGGGCAUACAAACAUAAACAGUCAAUCCCAAAUGUCCCAUUCUGGUACAGGAAACAGCCAGCAUGUCUAUAAUGUUCCAACUGAUGACCCAGUGUAUGACACCAUACCCGAAAUCAACCAAAGGGAAAGCCCAAACCAAGGUGCUGGCAACAUACACCUUGGCAGCUGUAACAACGGAUAUGAGGUUCCAUCCCCCUCCAUGGGCCCUGAAAAUGGUGCCCGUCCACAAGCAAGACAAGGCCCUCAGUCCCACAAAUAUGAGAACAGACAGGUUAGCACAGCUGCUAGACCAAACCACUAUGAACCCCUGAGGAACCCCAGUGGUCAGCAGCAGCACACCUACACAUCCCUGCUGCCUCAGUACUUACAACACCAUUAAAUAAGACCUAAGUUAAACCAUUGCUUUAAGGAUUAACUCUCUGAAAACAAUGACUGGCCCUGAGUAGGACUCAAAACACCUAUUGCCAGUAAAGCACACCAGAUCACUGAAAUGGAGGACUUGAGAAUUAAAAGGGUUUCCUAUAAAUGAAAAAAAAAACACAAUGUAUUUUAAGUAUCACCAAAUAUAGUUACCACACAGGAGGAUAUUAGAGACAAAAAAUAGCCACCCCACCCCAAUAGACACUUAGAAAUAUAUUACAACUGUAUAUCAUACCUGUCCAGUAAUUAUGAUAAUAUAAAAGUAUUUGAAGAAACAUAAAUUGUGACCAGGAGACUUGGCUGAAGGUUCUACUUAACUCUAUAAAGCUGACAUGUUAUUUCAAAAUGGAUCCUUUUCUUUUAAGUCAACAAUAUUGUAUAUCUGCUGUGAUAUUUAUACGCAAAGGCAAAUAUGUUACAAACUGCGGUGUGGAAUAAGUAAUCUUAAUGAUAUUUUUAUCACUUUUAGUAGGGAUGGACCACUUUGAACGGGGGAUAGAACCAUUUUGAUAACUGGUAAUAAUUUUUAAUAUAAGUACUGAAAUUCAUGGUUAACUUAAAGGGUUACUUUGCUGAAAUUAAGAAUGUUCUUAUAGUUGCACCUUCACUAUAGAAACUGUAAAAUAAUUUCAAUAUUAAUGAUGGAUAAUCUAGUAGCUAAUUGAUGAGUUAAAGAACAUAUAAUCAAAUUACAUACAAUUGCAUGAAAAAUAGAACAAGGUCAUUACCAUACUCCCAGUGAAAGGAAUUGCUUAGUUGAUGAAUUAUAAACUAUAGUCAUUGGAAAGAGCUUGUGACUGAGCUCAAAAAUUGGAGCAAAAGAGCAAUGAAAAGCAAUUUUGCAGGCACAACUUACUUAAUCAUAUUUUCUCUACUUAAUAUGUGCUUGACUGUUUGUAUAAUUUUCAUAUAGUUCUGUCGGAAAUUGAUUAUUGUGAUGUAAUAAUGGACAGUCUAGACUAAUAGAUUGAAUUUAGUGAGUUAAAUACCAUAUAUAAUCUUAUGAUAGCUUACAUACAAUUAUAUGAAAAAGUAGUUCACAACUGCAUGUACAUUCCUUGCUUGGCUGUUAUAGCUUAUAGCUAACAAUAUUGUAAAAGAACUUGCCUCUUAUAUUAGACAAAGGACUGACAUCUUGCAAUGCCCAAAAUGUAGCAGAAAUUUACAGCAUAUUAACAAGUGCAGCUCACCGAUGCUGCACUUAGUAGGUGUGUUUUAGUAUAGUAGUGUAUUAUUGUCUGUAUAUCUCUGUGGGUAGCCAAUACAAGCCUUGCUAUCUGGCUAAUCUGUGUAAUGUACCGCCAUAUUUUCAAUAAAUGCUAAA